UCGUUGAGAGUAACUUAGAAAAUGCGCAAAUAAGGAACCGACUUUCCGAGAUGAAUAAGCAAGCGCAGGAAUUAAAGGACCAGAAUAAAGACAUUCAUCGCGAUAAUGAUAUUUUGAAGGAGAAGUAUGCCACUGCAAAUGCUAAUUAUACCUCGCUAGAGAUUGUGUACGACGAGAAAUUGGCUAAUCUAAAUGUCGAAUUAAGCAAACUUAAUAAUGAACAAGAGCACUUACAGCGAAAGUUGAAGAGAGGGGAGGAGCACUAUCAGCAAAAUAUUGCUCAAUUGCAAUCCAUUGUGCGGGAGAAAGAAAGCCAGUUGAAGCAACUGCAAGUGGAGCAUAAACAGAUUCAGGAGCACAAUAGUCAAAUGGAAGCGGCUUUUGAGCAGGAAAAGCUACAACUUGAAUAUAAGUUUGACGGUCUAGCACAACUAAAAGAGACGGAGCUAUUAAAGGUCCAAAGCGAGUUGCAGCAACAGAUUGUUGCUUGUGCUCAUCACAUCGAGGAGAAUUCCCAUCGGGAGGAGCAAGCACAGCAAAUCAUAUCUAAAUUGGAGGCCCAGCUGUCGGAAAAAGAGAUGCAAAUGGUCGAUCUGCAAAUGGAGCACACACAGCUUCAAGAGCAUAGCAGUCAGAUGGGAGCGGAUUUUGAGCAGGAAAAGCGGCAGCUUCAGCAGAAAUUUGAGGGUCUUGUACAGUUGAAAGAGAAGGAAAUUUCACACUUAAAAGCGGAGUUGCAGCAACAUACUUUUACAAAUGCUCAGCGGAUCGAGGAGGACAUACGCCGGGAGACUGAACUGCAGUCAACUCUAAUAAAGCUGGGGGAAAGUGAGAAGCGUUGUGAGGACCUACAAAAGCAUUUUAAUAAAUUGUCGGAUGAAGCAGAAUGCACAGUGCAACAACUUGAAAGUGAAAUGGAGGAGAAACAAGCAGAAAUAAAUGAGCUAGACGAGAUGUUAAGUUCAGUCCUCGAUCGGAACGAAAAAAAAAGGUUAGCAGGUACCGCUGAUCAAGAUGCUAAGGCUCAGGAAGAGCAGAAAAAACACGAAAGUCAAAUGGCCGAACAGAAACAGCAGUAUAAUAAAAUGGAGCAGAAGUUAUCACUUGAAAAGGCCGAGCUGGCACAACAGUUCGAAACUUACAAGGAAGUUCAGCAGAAGGAUCUGACUGAACUCCAAAAUAUGUUGCAGCAGAAGGAAGCCGAUUUAGUAUCCUGUAAUAAGGAUUUUGCCGAUCUGGAGCGCCAAAAGAAUUCUGAAAUUGCGCAGCUUAAGUACAAGUUAACUCAUAUUGGGCACGCCUUUUCACAGUCUGUCGGCAGCGCUGAUCCUGUGAUUAGAGAUCAACAUAAAAGUCAGACAACUGGCAAUGAACCUGCGCCCCGAACACAGCGAGUGGCUUCAGUUGUUGCAACUGAAGGCUGCGGCAACAGUAUAACAAAAAUAGCAGCAGCAGUAGCACCUUCAAACUCCAAAUCUGUAACAUCAGUAGAAGUAGCUGUUCCUGGGAUUAUCAGACGCCGCCAAUUGGUUAAGCGACCCGUUAUCCAGAUGAACUUUUCGGACUUUAACACUGAUACAGAUGAUACCGACCAACAGUCAGAUUGGGAGCCACCAAAAAAAAGAAACGUUGCUAAACCCAAGUACAUGAGUAAGAUUUCGCCACAGGAUACUGAAACUAUGUUCAAUAAACUAAAGCAGUCAACCAUCUAAUAUAGUGGAAGCUACUUCGUAGCGUUAAACAUUUCCACAUUUCUUAAAAUACUUUUGGAAAAUAAGUAUUCUGAAACGAAUGGAAAACCUACAAUUAAUUUCAUUAAAUAUUUAUGAAAGGCACAUAAUGCCUUGUCUUUAAGGACAUUUCAUUUUAAUUUUUGC